CUGCCAUCUACAGGCGAGUCCGGCAGUCAGUAGCAGAUGACGUAAACAAACACACGUCAGUCACUUGUUCCCUACCAAAAUGGCAGAGAAUGCACCAAGUAAAACUGACAUCGAGGCUGUAUUUAAGCGAUUAAGGGCUAUUCCAACUAACAAAGUUUGUUUUGAUUGCAAUGCCAAAAAUCCAACUUGGGCCUCUCUAACAUAUGGAGUAUUCAUCUGCAUUGACUGUUCGGCUGUCCAUCGUAGUUUAGGCGUUCACCUAACGUUUGUUCGCUCAACUCAACUUGAUACAAACUGGACAUGGCUACAGCUUCGCAAUAUGCAGCUUGGUGGCAACACCAAUGCGAGAACUUUCUUCCGUCAGCACAACUGUACAACUUCCGAUGCCCAACAGAAAUACAACUCAAGAGCAGCCCAGUUGUAUCGAGAAAAACUUAGCCAAAUGUCUCAGCAGGCAAUGAGGAUUCAUGGGACUAGGAUGGAGUUAGACUACGAUGAAGCUCUAAAAUUGGCAAGUAUGGUAGGACUGAGCAAUUGGAUACUUCCAGCUGCUACAUCAUCCUCAUCCUCUCAAGCUGAUAAAAAGGUUAACAUUGAUGUCGGAAAUGUAGAUCCACCAACUCCAGAGGAGAAGAAGGAAGUGGAUUUCUUUGAGGAGCAUGUUAAUAAUGCAGCUCCUGCAUCCCCAGACCCUGUGCCAUCCCCACCCCAGUUUAUCAUUGCCAAGAAUGCCAGUUUAAGCAAUGGUGCUGAUGAAGGACAAGCUCCAAAUGUUGAGGCUGCGCUUAAUAUGUCAGCUAAUGAAGCUCAAAAAUUGGCAAGUCAACCUCGCAAAUCUACAAUAGGACAACGGAAACCAGCUUCCAAAGUAGAAAGCUGUGGUUCUACUCUAAAGCUUGGAGCAAAGAAAGGUGGUGGCCUUGGUGCCCAGAGAGUUAAGAGAUUCUCUGCCAUAGAAAAAGAAGCUGCCCGAAAUGAUCAGCUACGAAUGGAAGCCAGGGCUUCAGAGCUAUCAAAGGAAGAGCAGCAACAAUCUCUUCAGAAUUUAGAACGUGCUUACGAGGAUAUGAGUAUAGCUGGGAAAAGAGAAGAGGAGAGGAUGAAAAAAGUGGAUCCCAAAAAGGCCCAGCAAGCUGAACGUCUUGGUAUGGGACUUGGAGUUCGAAGUGGUGCAUCUCACAGCAUGUUUGGUGAAAUGAAGACUAUUGAUCAGGAAAAACCGCUCUCUACCAGUUCUCGUAACAAUAACAAUAACAACAAGAAUACCUUCCGUGAUGAUGACAUUGAUGAUGACUUUGAAACUAUCAUACGAUUCUCCUCAGGUCCUCCAAAAUAUCGUGAUAGUCCAUUUGAAGAUCGAGGUAGUUAUGGUUUUGGUAGUGGAAAGGGGUCCGGUAUAGAUGACCUGUUGAGUAAUAAAUCGUCCGUGACUUCGUCUUCAUCUUGGGAUAAUGAAUUAGAUAACAACACAAGCAAGUCUUCAUCUGGUGUUAGCUCUUCAAAUAGUCUUGGAAGUCUCUCCAAUUCCAGUAAAGUAUCAGCCUCUGCAAAUUACAAGUACACACCAGUAGAAGACAAUGUGGCUCAACAGAAAUUCGGAAAUGCUAAAAGCAUAUCUUCAGAUAUGUACUUCCAAGAUAAAGAUCCAGAUGCUGAAGUCCGUUCUACCCUUGCCAAGUAUGAAGGUUCAUCAUCCAUCUCUUCAGCAGAUUUAUUUGGAGGUGGACAGCAACAGAGGCAGAAUUACAGUGGAGGAUCCAUACAGGCUCCAGACUUGGAUGAGGUUCGGGAAUCAGUACGACAAGGAGUGACCAAGGUAGCAGGUCGUCUGGGUAGUAUUGCCAACAACGUCAUGUCAUCAUUACAGGAUCGGUACAUGUAAAGGGAAGGAGAAAGUUAAAGUGGAAGAAUUCCUUCAAACUCGCGUCCUAAACUUUAGCAUCAAGACAUUUUGCCUCAGUGCAAGUGUCCUUCAUAUACAGCCUACAAGACACAUAUCUGUCUGUGAAUUGGCAUUCUUAUUAUAGGGAACAUUCGUUUCAACAAGAGAAAAUAUUGUGUAUUCAUACACGUAGUCCUCGAGUUGUAGUUAUUUCUAUUUGCUUUGAACUGUAUACUUAUUUAUAUAAUUUGAGCGUUGAUACUUUUGAGAGAUGUGAUGAACUGUAUUAUAUUUUUAUUGAUAUUUUAUAACUAAGUUUGUACAAAUGUCUAUAUAUUUACCAUGUCUUUGUAAAUCUUAAUGAUAUACUGGCAUACGAGUAUAUAAUAUUCACAGUAUAUAAGCAGAAUUGCGCAUAGAUUUAUAUGUAUACAUUUUACAGUGCAGUGUCAGAACUAUAAUGAAUCCAUGGCAGAAGGUAUUCAUUCCAUUUUAAUGAUAUUGUUUAUAGGGAUUAUCAGGUGCUUUUUUGGUUUUAUGAAAUUAAUCAUUUCAACAUCCACAUAUAUUUACAAUAUGUUGAUCUGUUUUAAUGUUCAAGUGCUGGUUGAUACUAGAAAUUUCCAGUGAUAAAUUGCCUACAUUGAAUUUAUAUUUUUAAACUGUAAUGGUGAUGCUCAUCUGUUGGUUGUAUUUGGUAUCUUACAAUAAAAAUAUUUUGCUCUAAUACUCUUGCAUUUCAGGAUUCUUGACCAAAUUCUUGUACCUGAGUUUUGUCUUUAAAAACACUAGCGUUAUGUUUUAUUUCACUCACUUCUAUAAUUACAUCAAAGUACUUGCAACUAUUAUUUGCCAACCAAACUAUAUUUCAUAGUACUGUUAAUCUUGAAUAAUGGAAUGUUGUCACUCAUGCUGCAUGGAGCUUUAUAGUCUUUUGCAUUGGGCCAGCACUAUAUAUUCAGCUGCGUAUUGUAUACAUCAAUUGUAUGUUUUGCUGUGUUAUUGUGUAUAUGCUACACAUUGUAAAUUCAUCUUCAUAUUGUCAUAACAGUUUUUGGAUCAGUUUUUAGAUGAAGUUCUUUAGUGUUUCCUCCUUGUGGUUAAAACAUAUCUCCAUUUUUAAGAGUCCAAACUUUCACCUUUUUGAUUAUGAAUUGUGAUGUGUAGUAUGUAACUAGCAAUAAUACAUAGGUUUGUAUGGUGUCAGGUUACUGUUAGGUAAACUCUGAAAAUUCCAUAUAUUUUCCUUUAAAUGUUUCGACUUCAGCCUUUAUAUCAGCAUUGGUAAAACAUUAGUGGGUAUUUUUGUUCUCACAAAUUAUCCUCUAUUCCUGCACAGCAUGUAUAGAAAAAGUGAGUUUAACCUUGUUUUAUUGUCUGUCAGUAUUAUAGAUAUAUUGUUUUAAAAGAUGUUAGUCAAAUAUAUAUUCAUUUAAAAUUAAUUUCUUGUCUUUGAAUAUUGUUGGGUUGAUCUUAAAAUUAUUCUCAACAAGAGGAGCAUUCCGUUCUGAAAACUUACUCUUAAAUUUAAUUCAAAAUUACUCUUCUCCUUUAUGGGUGGUGAAAUGAGUUAUUGGCAGCGUUUAUCAUAUAUAUUAAUAAUUCCCUUUUCUGUUAUUGUACAAGAUUGAAUAUUGCAGUGGCAGAUUCUGCUUUCCUAACUGGCUACUCUUGCAAUUUUUCUAUACACCACUUGAAGGUGGCUUGAGGUUUUCAGUGCAGACAUUACUGAAUUCAUUAAAAAUGGAAUCAGCAUCAUGAAAAGAAGUUAUUUCAUCCAUAUAUUUCCUGCUAAAAAUUGUGUUCUUUUGGUAACGUCCAACAGUAUUGUGAGGAUAUAUUUUUCAUAAUGUUAUCUCUUUUGUACACAUAAUAACUUCACAUUUUCAGUUACAGAGAAAGAGUAUAAGAAUAUUGUAAGAGAAAAUAUUCGCAAAUCAGGUGAUGAAGCAGGGUUUGAUUAUUAUACAUAUGAAUUUGUGCCAUGUAAAAUAUUGAGGCGUUAACACCCAUUUAGGUCCUUAUUACUCUGUUGAUUUUUUUUUAUAUAAUAAGAGAUUUACUAUUGUAUCUUGUAAUGAAUGGGAUGGGAAUACAUAAUUCAUUUCAAAA